GAGUUGAGGCUGGGGCUGGACCGGGACGGCAGGGCGAAAGGACGGCUCUCUGCUGCGGGGAGAGAGCCACAUCCAGAAGCUUUUCUUCCAAAUCUCCCCUUUUUCUCUCCCAGCUUUCGUUCCAGUGGAAAUGAGGGCAUAAUCGGCUGGGGGGCCACUACAUACAACGGUUAGAAGUUCCCAGCCGUUUAGUCCUUGUUUUUUUCUCUAUGUGUUCAGACAGCAGAAGAACAAGAUGAUGAAGUUGGAGGUCAUCGUAUUCUGCCUUCUCUUCGGCGCCCUGACUCAUGCUAAGAAAGCAGAAUGCAAUGAGAAGAGAGAAUGUCCCAUACAGUUGUACUUCACCAUAGACACGUCUGAGACCAUUGCGAUGCAGGAGCCGCCCCCUGGAGCGCUGGUGGAAAGCAUCAAGGAGUUCACGAAGAGGUUUGUUGACCGUUUGAAAGAUGAAGAAAUCCGGGGUGUUGUUAAAAUCAGCUGGCAAGUCGGAGGGCUGCACUACUCCCAGAAUCAGUCGGUUUUCAGCCGUAUCCAAUCCAGGGACGAAUUCAAAAAAGCUCUUAGUACUAUUGUAUACCUUGGAAAAGGCACCUACACUGACUGUGCCCUCAGAAGGAUGAGAGAGGAGAUGCUACAAGCACCUUUAGAACACUCAAACAACCGUUUUGCUGUUGUAAUCACUGAUGGCCACGUGACUGGAAAUCCGUGUGGGGGUAUCAAGAUGUCGGCAGAGGCAGCUCGUGAAAAAGAAAUAAAGAUAUUUUCUGUGGCAGCAUCAACACUAAUUGAAGAGACCGGACUGACUGAGAUCGCCAGUUCCCCGGCAUCGGUCUUCAGGGACGACUUCUUGGCUGUGAAUCUUAGCACAGGCCGCCCUGUCAUACAGACUACGACGAUAGACCGGAUUAUCAAGACGAUGAGACAUAUGGCGUUUGUAGAGUGUUAUAAUGUGUCCUGCCGGGAGACAGAGGGCCCACCUGGUCCAAUAGGAUAUAGAGGGCAGAAAGGAGCUAAAGGAGACAAUGGUGAAGCGGGGAUUAAAGGAGAAAGAGGUCGCCCAGGAGACCCCGGCAUUGAAGGUCCUAUCGGUCAGCCUGGUACUAAGGGUGAACCAGGUGCAAAAGGGGAUAAGGGAGAGAUUGGAAGUCAGGGGAAACAGGGUGUGGCUGGUCUCCCAGGGCGUAAUGGAACUGAUGGACAAAAGGGCAAAAUUGGACGGAUUGGUUCUCCAGGCUGCAAAGGAGACCCAGGCGACAGAGGUCCUGAUGGUCACCCUGGAGAUUCUGGUGAGCCAGGGCCACCAGGAACGGACGGAGAAAAGGGUGACCCUGGGCGCCCAGGAAGAGAUGGUCCCAUUGGCCCAGAUGGCGUGCCUGGACCAAAGGGAGAGCCUGGAAGUCCUGGAUCACCUGGCGAACCUGGAGCUAAAGGAAACCCUGGAGAACCUGGAAAACCAGGAGACAGAGGCGAGGAGGGCAGAAAAGGAGACUAUGGCCCCAAAGGAGACCCUGGAUCAGAUGGUAAAAAGGGUGAAAAGGGUGAGAUGGGUCCAGAGGGACCAAGAGGAAACCCAGGGGAAAAAGGAAACAAAGGUGCAAAGGGAGACUUUGGCUUACCAGGACCUAGAGGACCAGAAGGAUCAAAAGGAGUCCCUGGAAAAGAUGGUUCAGGUGGAGAUCCCGGUGAAGUGGGACCGAGGGGAGAACCUGGACAACGAGGACCAAAGGGAGACCCUGGAAGACCUGGCUUUAGCUAUCCUGGGGCAAGAGGAGAUCCUGGUGAAAAAGGAAACAAGGGCAGUCGUGGACCCCGUGGCAGCAGAGGAGACUGUGGUCAGAAAGGAGAUCCUGGAAAUAAAGGAACUCCCGGGGAGGCAGGUGACCCAGGGCCCACAGGGGAGCCUGGAUCAAGAGGAAGAAAAGGAGACCCUGGUCCUAAAGGAGGUCCAGGCCCAGAGGGAGAUCCCGGGCUCACAGAAUGUGAUGUGAUGAAUUACAUCAGAGAGACCUGUGGAUGCUGUGACUGCGAGAAACGCUGUGGAGCCUUGGAUAUCGUCUUCGUUAUCGAUAGCUCAGAAUCUGUGGGUCUCACCAACUUCACCUUGGAAAAGAACUUUGUCAUCAACACCAUCAAUAGACUGGGAUCUUUUGCCAGCGACCCUCUGUCUGAAACAGGCACACGGGUUGGCGUUGUACAGUACAGCCACGACAACACCUUUGAAUCGAUCAAACUCAACGAUGAAAAGAUCAACUCACUGACGGCUUUCAAGGAAGCUGUGAAAAACCUGAAGUGGAUAGCAGGAGGAACUUGGACCCCAUCUGCUCUAAAGUAUGCCUAUGACACCCUGAUCAGAGACAGCCGGAGAGCCAAAGCCAAUGUCACAGUUGUUGUCAUUACGGACGGACGCUUUGAUCCAAGAGACAAUGAUGAGCUUUUAAAAUCUCUUUGCGACAAACCCAACGUUGAUGUGAAUGCCAUCGGUAUUGGAGACAUGUUUCAGCAGGCUGAGGAUAAUGAGAGUCUGAAAAGCAUUGUCUGCAAUAAGCCUGGCAAAGUGUUGGGAAUGAGACGGUUUGCCGAUCUCAUCGCAGAGGAAUUCUUAGACAAGAUUGAAACCGUGCUCUGCCCUGAUCCUGUCAUCGUAUGUCCUGAUCUUCCCUGUAAAACAGAGCCUGCUGUGGCUAGUUGUGUCCAGAGGCCUGUGGAUUUGAUCUUCAUGCUGGAUGGUUCUGAGAGGAUGGGCCAGGAGAACCACAAGAGAGCCAAAGAGUUCAUUAAGAGAGUGGCACGUCGCCUGACCCUGGCUGACGGCCCGAAUGAUGACAGCAAAGCCCGUCUGGCCCUGGUGCAGUUCGGCAGCGCACAGGAUCACAAAGUAGAGUUCCCACUUACUCAUAAUCUAACAGUGAUCGAGGAUUCAGUGGAUGACGUGAAGUACCUGGAUUCCUCGUCUGCUCUGGGCAGCGGUAUCAUCUAUGCUGUAGACAGUCUGGAGCUCAGACAGAAUCAACGAUUAAUACGACGCAACGCUGAGAUGUCCUUCGUCUUCAUCACCGAUGGCAUCACCUCCCGCGACCAGCUGGACGAGGGCGUGGCAGCCAUGAGUAAAGUGGAAGGCGUUCCCACGAUUAUCGCCUUGGGAACGGACACCAAUGAAGAGGUCCUCCACAAGGUGUCACUGCAGGACUCGUCCGCCAUCUUUAGAGCCAAAGACCUCUCCAUGCUGGAGAAACAUGCUUUCUUUGAGCGCUUCAUCCGCUGGAUUUGCUAGUGAGGAACUGCAGUACUCUGCACAAUAGAGUUAGAAACCAUUGAACGACAGAGGGACCAGCUCCUUCGGUAUACAUGUAAAACCCACUCAGAGGCACCACAUGUAUCUCUGACCAUUAUCAUUCCUGGAUGAAAAGCACUGAAGUGGCUCCAUAUUGUGUUGUUUUAGGGAAGUGAAUUUGUCACAAAUAAAAAAGCCUGUUCAAGACCAACUCUUCAAACACUUCAGACACACAGAACCAAUGUGUCAGUUUAAAUGGCUCGUCAGCACUGCUAGAGUAGGAGCCCCAAAAGAGAAAUUCAUAGAUAUCGAAUGGUAUUCACACCAACUAUGGUUUUACAUUGGUCUUUUUUUUUAUAUAAUGUUCAGCUUGCAGGAACAAAGCUUUAUCUGUCAUUCUCUCUUUGUCACAAACGUACACUCACUCUCGCUCUUUAAAACGUCAGUAUUUACUUUAAUGGUGCUAAAAAUAAUGAGAUGAUCUGAUUUUUUUUUGUACUUCAUAUGUUACUGCUAUUCUUGUAGUUAAUUCUGGACAUAAAAAAAAAAAACCUAAAAUGUUGCCCUGACCAAGAAAGGUUUCAGAUGAACACCAAGCAGCUGAUGUUAAUUACAAACAAGCAGGAAACAAUGACAUUUUUGUAUUACACUAUGUUUAAAUAAAGACUAAAGUGUGACCCCU